AGUGUGUGUUGUCAACGGUGACGGACCUUUUUACGCUGUUCAUUGAAGAUAUAACUAACAAAAUGUUAUCCAGGCAUCAUUGGACGGGACUUGUUGUUCUGCUAGCGGUUACCUUCGCAUCAUGUGCCCAAGUGGAAGACCCCUGCAAAACAAAAUCAAGGGUAGUUGCUGAUGACAAGUACUGUGAUAAAUACUGGGAGUGUGAUAAUGGGCAGUCCAUUCAGUACGAUUGUCCCAACGGCCUGGUCUUCGCUGGCAAGCACCGAGGCGUGACGGAGGGAUGUGAUUACCCGUGGAGGUCCAACUACUGCGAGUACCCUAAGGUUCAGAUCAAUCCCCCCAUCGGUUCGGAGCACUGCGACUGGUUAUACGGUAUCUUCGGGCACGAGACCUCAUGCACCAGGUACUGGACCUGCUGGAAUGGAACAGCCACGGAACAGCUCUGCAUUGGUGGUCUGCUGUACAAUGAAAACGCCCACUCCUGCGACUGGCCUGAGAAUGUUGAUGGCUGCCAGAAACAUCCUCUCUGCAAUGAGGACCCCAACGGCAACGUGCCCCUAGGCAAGUCCUGCAACCGCUACUGGCAGUGCCAAGGUGGAUACCCUCGUCUGCAGAGGUGUCCUGCUAUGCUGGUCUUCGACAGACGGUCAUUGAGAUGUGUCGUGCCUCCUACUGAGGAGUGUGACGUGCCUACCACAACCGCACCCCCACCAGAAGAAGAAAACCAGCAAGAUUUGAGACAGGGUCAGCAACACAAGAGACCGAACGGAGAAUACCAGGAGCAGAACCGCCCCAGACAACAAUCUAGAAAUUAAGUCACCGUCCUCUAGAACCUUCUAGAACACCUUUCUCAUUCCAAACUCUUCCUCUUUCACCUCGAAAGCCUUUCCCACCAUCUCCUUCUUCAUUAGAAGUAAUUUAUACUUCA